AUGGGUAUUGAAGAUAUAACGACGGAUGAAUUAGAAAAGGCUAUUAAAUCCUUCGUUACAAUCGAAACAGCUAGUCAAAUAAGCAGGAGAAAUGUCCGAACACAAUUGGAACAAAUUUUUAAUUUGGAAGAAAAUGCAUUAUAUGAAAGAAAAAAGGAAAUUAAUGAGGUCCUUAACAACAUAUUGAAAGAGCUUCUUGAGGAAGACGAAAAACAAAAAGGCAGUGAGGAAAAUACAGAUUCUGCAAAUAAAAAUGACACAAAGGCCAAUGAUGGUCAAGAAAAGGAAGUACAAAAUGAAAAAACACAAAAAAACAGUAACAAUGAUAAAACAAAUAAGAUAGUGAAAAAGGAAAAGGUAAAUGAUAGUGAGUCAUCAAGCUCCGAAUCGAAUACUAAGAAUAAAAAUUCUUCAAAAAAAAGAAAACAAAAUCCAGCCGAAAACUUACCCGCUAAAAAAAGACAAGCGAAUGUGAUGACAAAAGAUUAUUUUAUGGAAAAUGCAGAAACAUUAUGCUGCAACUUAACAGAAGAUAUCCAAUUAAAAUUAGAACCACGAGUGUUCAAUACUGGAAGCUGUGGAUGGCAUAUGAUGGACAAAAUUUAUCUUUCAGUUGGCGAGCAUGAUGUUCUUUGCCAGCUUUGCAUUAAUUGUUCCGUUAUUGGAAGCAAACAGUGGAAUUAA